GCGCCCCCGGCGGGUGGGCGGGCCAGGGCGGUGGUGGGGGAGGGGGAGGAGUGCGGUAAGCUUCUCCCGUAAAGGGCACGGCAUUACUCUUCAAGAUGGCUGCGGCGGCACUGCUCCGCUGGGCGGGUACGGGCCUCUGCAGUUCCGUGUGGGGACAGCCGUUUGGCACUGGGCUGAGACGCCGCCUGAGCCUGGGCGGCGGCAGUGACGGGGAAGGCAGCGGCACUUGGUUGUACUUCCCGCUGCGCGAUCGCGACGCGCUGCGCGUGCACGGACCCGAUGCCGAACCGUUCCUCCUGGGGUUGCUGACCAAUGAGCUGCCGCGACCGGGCCCUGGGGGCGGGACGGCGUCACCCGAGGCAGCCUCAGCGCGCGCGCACUACGCUCACUUCCUCAACGUCCAGGGCCGGACGCUCUAUGACGUCAUUCUCUAUAGACUCCAUGAAAGCCAAGAGGAGGAGCCAAACUUUCUACUGGAGUUCGACAGCUCAGUGUCUGGCGCCUUUCAAAAUCACCUAAAACUAUAUAAGAUCCGAAGGAAAGUCAACAUCAGCCUGUGUCCCAAUCUUUCUCUCUGGGCUGUUCUCCCACAAACUGCAGCUGAGGGCCUGCCAAUGCCCUUGUUACAGAAAGGGAGCAAACCUGUGGUUCUUACCCCAGACCCCAGAGCAGCAUGUAUGGGCUGGAGGUUAAUCAUCGAGAAGGAAGAUAUGGCCCAGAAUGUGGUUCCAGCUACCCAAAUUAGAAGCACUAAGGAUUAUCAUAAAUACAGAUAUCAAAAAGGAAUUCCUGAAGGGAUCAAAGAUCUCCCUCCUGGUGUGGCCCUGCCCUUGGAGUCCAACCUGAGCUUCAUGAAUGGGGUCAGCUUCACCAAAGGCUGCUACAUCGGACAGGAGUUGACUGCUCGGACCCAGCACAUGGGAGUGAUCCGAAAACGCCUUUUCCCUAUUAAGUUUUCAGCCUCCAUCACAGCAGAAGGCAUCUCUUCCGGGGCCACCGUCCUCACCGAGUCAGGAAAGCAGGUUGGGAAGUACCGGGCCGGGGAGGAUGACGUAGGAAUUGCUCUGCUUCGAUCGGAGAAAAUCAAAGUGCCCCUUUUUAUCAAGACCUCUGAAGGUCAACAAGUGAACAUUGUUCCAUCUGUGCCAGACUGGUGGCCAAAAGCUAACAAAUAGUCCCAGUCCCCGGGAAGCACUGAUCGACUCUGGCCCGUGUAUGUCCACUCUCCCUCCUGACUUUUUGGUGGUGGGGAGGGAGAGUGUGUCGGGGGGGCUGGCCUUGCUCCUGCAGUGAUAUCCCUGCAAUAAUCACAAAACAGGGAACACCAUGUGAGGCUCCUCAGGACAAGAGCCAGGGUUCCCCAGGUGAGGACACCAGGGGGAUGCUGGCCUGGGCGCCAGAGACAUCAGAAAAGCCAGGUAGAAUUUGCUGCCAGAGAAGCCCUGGGUCCUGACCACUAAGGGUGGGCAGGGGGAGAGGCCACAGCCCAGGGUUUUAGCUGCAGCAUAAGGAACCCCAGCUCAGGGAAUGCCACGGGGCUGAGGCUUGCUCUGCAUUCUAGCUCCUUCCUGGAGCUUUUAGUUUUAUUGUUGUAGAGACCUGCUUGCCCCUCCUUUCCCUGCUGCUGCUGAUCAACUUCUGGUUUUCCAAGUGAGUCCCAUGGCCUCCGAGGGGCUCAACCAAGUAACCAGGCCAUUCACCAAGGGCCUGGGUAAAACUGAAUUUUUAGGUAGAAUUUGACUAGCACUUGACUCUUGUGUUCAUUCUUUGAUGAGAAAUAUCUUCCCUUUGGAACAAAAACAAAUAAAACCCCCUCUAGUCCCCAUAUCUUUGCUGUGGCUCCCAGCAGUUUUGAUCCCCCUAGCCAAAAGAGUCUCUGACAGUGAGGUUUCUUUAAUGUCUCCUGCUUCUGCUUAAUGUGGAUUUUUUGAUAUCCUGGACUCAGGGGACAAGGCAGUGUCUGUCAUGGCUGAGCCCAGAUGUUACUGCAGACUGAAUGGCAUAAUGGGGAUACAUCAAACCUGUGUCCUACUUUGGCCAGAACAGUCAUCAUUUGAACAAAGAAGGAAGAGAAAGGAGGAGAGAUAUCAUGGAGGCGCUAGAGUGUUGUCAGAGUGAAGCCGGGGAUAGGGUCUGUUGCCCAGACUCAGUAGGUCAAGAGGGAAAUCUGGGCUUGUUUCUUGGAAAGGAAUAGACGGAAGCAUCAACCAAUUUGCUAAGCUAUCACCAAGUAAACACAGGAGAUAGCCAAGUGGAGCUCCUGGCAACAACAGGGAAGAUGCUUGUUUGCCUCAGUUAUUGGAAGCCAUCUUCUUCUUCAUCACAUUUCAUCGGCAAGAGGCUGAACCUUCUUCAUUUGGGGCUGCCUUGGGACAAUUCUGCAGCUCUACAAUGGUAACUCUCUCCGCUCACCUCAGCAUCAGGUGUGAAUGGUGGAGCCAGAUCAAAGGGUAAAAGAUCAUCACAGGAUUUAUUCCAAGCACUUGUUACUGCUUGAGCAGCCCAGAAAGGGGCCUCAAGUCUGAGAGACCUGAAUCCAGUCUUUGUUCACUAUUUGUGACCUUAGCCCUGUCUCUCCUCUCUGUAAAACAAUCCACAUUCCCUUCUAUCUCUGCAAUGGGAGUUCUGAACUUUGUCAGUCUGGUCAAACCUAUUAUCCCUUCAGAAUGUUUUAACUGCAUAAAAUAAGGAAAACAAUUAUAUUGAAAUAGAGUUAUCAAAAUAUUUUUAAAAGAAACCUCAGGUUUUAAAAACCCUUGCUUUAGCUCCAAGUAUCUUGUGACAUUGAAAAUAAGGUUCAGGUAUAGUGAAUCCUACCAGGAAAGUCCUGAGACAAGGCUCUUGUCUGUCUGUCUGUCUCUCUCUCUCUCUCUUUCUUUCUCUCUUCUCUCUCUUCCCCUUCCAACCCCCCUCCCUUUUCUUUCUGUCUCGGGAAGCUAUACAGAAAGAAAACUUCCCAAAGUCACUUCCCAUUGGAAUGUUCCUCACCUGUUGGGUAGCUCUACUGAAAGAGCUGCUUUCCUAAGAUCAUCUUCUCUAAGAAACCUAAAGUUUUCUGAGUAGUUUUCCAGGUUUGGAGUUUGCUGGGAAACUUUUGUUCCUUUUCUUUCUGUUGACAACUUCAUGAUCAUCAUAAGACAAUGAUUUAGAUUCAGUUGUUUUUUCCAUUUCCAGUCUAGAACCUUGAGUUCCUCUGUAGGACACACAUACACAUGCAGUUUACCCAUGAAUAAAAGUACUAAUGCUUUUUGAAAAAGUUAAUUCCUCUUCUUAAGAUUAACUUUUAUGGUAAGGAGGGUUUUUUUUUUUUUUUUUUGGUCUUUUUUUAAUCAUUAAUCCAUGUCUCCUCAAGGGAAAAUCCUAACUGCACUUAAAAGUUCCUUGCAGAUUGUUUCUUGCCAAAAACUGGGUAGGUCAGCCCAAAACUUUGGAAAUCCUUACUUUGAUGUUGCUUCCUGCUCAGAAAUGAUAGAAAAAUGGGCAAUUUAGAAAUGACUUUAGUUAUUUCUCCUCUACCCCAGGUGAAAUGGGAUUUUCAUCACCACAAAACCAACUGGCCAAUUAAUGGCACAUCUUCAUUGACUCCAGUAGGAGCCCUGAGUCCUAGAGCAGGCCUUCCUCUGGAGGUGGGGACUGGUUUCUUCCCCAGAAAUUUGAGAGCGGCUACAUUGGACUUUGGAUUUAAUUUAUUUUUUAUUUAGAUAUGGGUGUUUAUAUUUAUAUAUAUGUACAUGUACACACACGUAUAUGUAUUAUUCAUCCAAAUGGCAAUUUAAAAAUAUCAUUAUUUUGAGUCAUUUUUUUGUGAAGCAACUUUCUUAUAUCUGUGAGACUCUCUUGGUGAAUGCUCAGUUGUUAAAAAAAAAAAAAAAAAAAUCAUUUUGUUUGCCUAAUAAAAAGUAGUUCUAUUAGUAAUCUAUGUGGACUGACCUGGUGGGAAUGGGGUGGGGUUCACCAUUCUAGGUUAAUUGAGUUAAACAAACACUACAUGCCUAAGGUAUACAGUAAUUAAGCCCUGGAAUAGAUACAAAGAUGAGAUAGGACAUGUCUCUUGCCCUUCCAGAGGUCACAGUCUGGAGGGGAGGGGGAAAGGAGGAGAGAGGGAGAGAAAGGCUGAAACAUUCUAUUAAAUUCAAGUAUUUAUUAAUGUGCCAAGCAUCGAUUAAAGUGGGCACUAUUGAUGCAAAUACAAUGAAUGGAACAAUCCCUAUUUAUUAGGAGGUACACACACACACACACACAUAAAUACCUCUAUAUGCCUUUGUAAAGCUCAGUCUAUAAGAUGUUAAUUUUCUGUUCAACAAGUAUGCAUUAAACACCUACUAUCUGCAGAGCCAUGUUGAAAAUCCAGAAUUUAGAUAAGACAUUGAUCCGACCCUCAUGGAGUUUAGAGGGAGAUAAACAACUAUAAUAUGUAAGACUGGACCUCUUUGAUGCAAGUGUGAGGUCCAUAGAGGGAGAGGGUUUAUUAUUGACCUGGGGUAGAGAUAGGAAAAUGAGGGAAGACUUCCUGGAGUGGGUGACAUUUAAUUUGGACUUUAAAAGAUAGUCAGGAAUUCAAUACUAUAUUCACUUUGUGGUAUUGUCAGUGCAAAAAGUGAACCAAUUUAGCUGGGAAGGCCUGGCAAUGGACUGUCAUCCCAAGACCAUUUUAGGAAAUGUCAGUCAACAAACAUUAAGCACAUUUACUGUCUGUGACAGCACUGUAGAUAGAAAGAGAGCAAAAGCAUGGAAAAGUGAAGUGUGAACAAGGAUCAGCUGAGGAGCUUCUAUAUAAGUUCCUCCCCAUCACUUGCUUUUGUCCAUAGGCACAGGCCAGUGCUUUAGCCUUCUGGCAUAAUAAUGCUUAAUUAACAUUAAUUAUUAGCUAGUAGGAAUAAGCAAGAGAUUCAGGUAAGAUACAGAAUAGAGAGAAAUCUUUGGCCCCCAUGGGAACCUGUACUUGGAGGUCUGUUGAGUCUCAAUUGGGUCUAGAGGGAGAACUAGCUUCAAAUCCCAGCUUUGUCCCUUACUAAGUGUGUGAGCCUGACCAAAUCACUUUCUCUAUGAGUCUCAGUUUCCUUAUCUGAAAAUCAGGAAAGUUGGAAUAUAUAUUUUCUAAGACUCCUUCCACUUUCAAAUCUGCAAUCUGGCCUGUCCAAGAGAGCGAUAGCUAUUCCAUUAAAAUUUUUUUCAAGAAAAAUUUUCUAAGUGCCUAUUGUAUGUGGUACAUUGUACUAAUUGCUGGGGGAGACAAAAAAGUUUAGAUGAAACAUAAUGCAUGAUUCAUGGAACUGACAGGGGUUAAUGAAUGUGCCUGGAAUAUAAUAAAGGCUUAAAAUUUUUUUUUUAAUUAACAGGUUUCCCUGAUCUUUAAAAUCAACAAAAAUAUUUAAAUGAGGGAUCACAAUGUAUCUAUCACCAGAAUUCUUGUCUUUAUAUUUGUGCCACUAUCUAUUUUCUGUUCCAGCCACUCAAUCCCAUCUAAAAACAAUUUCUUUCGUCAUGCACAUAUUUUAGCAACAUUUCUUUUUUUAAUCUUUAUUAAAACUUAUUUUUAAAAAUAUGCAUAGAUAAGUUUGCA